AUGGGACACUUCAGCUUGGGACAGGCUGGAUGUGUCAUAGAGGGUUUUGCUGUGGCCUUCUUUGGAAUAGCAAGUUUAUGCACUGUAGCAGUGAUUUCAGUCGAACGCUUUGUCGUGGUGUGUUACCCUAUGGGAUCAGUGCUGUUCCAAACCAGACAUGCUGUUGCCGGCGUGGUGCUGUCCUGGGUUUGGUCUUUCAUCUGGAACACCCCCCCUCUCUUUGGGUGGGGCAGUUAUGAGUUGGAGGGCAUCAGGACCUCUUGUGCCCCCAACUGGAAUGGCCGGGACGGGGGCAACAUGUCCUACAUCAUCUUGUACUUCCUGCUCUGCUUCGCUCUGCCCUUCUCCAUCAUCAUGCUGUCCUACACACGGCUGCUGUGGACGCUGCACCAGGUGAACCUCUCAGUGCUGGGAAGACAAUCCAGGGUGAGUAAGCUGCAGGUGUCAGCGGGGGGCAGUACUCAGCGUGUCCAGAUGCAAGUGGCCCGCAUGGUGGUGGUCAUGGUGCUGUCCUUCUUGGUGACCUGGCUGCCGUACGCGUCCAUGGCCCUGGCUGUGAUCCUGGUGCCCUCCCUGUACAUCGACCCAGUCAUAGCCACCAUCCCUGUGUUCUUAGCCAAGAGCAGCACAGUCUACAACCCCAUCAUCUACAUCUUCAUGAACAGACAGGCAAGCACCAUCUGCCAACACUGCAAACUCUGA